AUGGAAGUGCCCGGAUCAUCAAAACCAAUGAUAUCAACGCAGGAAGAAAUGGUGGAGGCAAGGGUCCCUAUUUCUUACAGAGACCAAUGCGCCCAUUUGCUGAUCCCACUCAACAAGUGUAGGCAUGCUGAGUUCUUUCUUCCAUGGAAGUGUGAGAACGAGCGCCAUGUUUAUGAGAAGUGUGAGUAUGAGCUUGUCAUGGAGAGAAUGCUUCAGAUGCAGAAGAUCCGUGAAGCUGAGGCCAAACUCAAACAAUCCCACAAACAAGGAACCAUCCCUCUCAUCCCCAAGACUGCCAAUGCUUAG